CCUCCACUUCCUCCCCCCUGGCCUUGCCCUCUCCACAGGCCCAGACUCCUCCUGCCUCUCCCAUUCUUCAGCCUUUGGCCACUUCCUCCCCUCUGGCCCCGCCCUUUCCAGAAGCCCAGACCCCUCCUAUCUCUUCCACUUUGCAGGCUCCCCCCACUUCCUCCCCUCUGGCCCCGUCCCCUCCACCUGCCUCACCCCUUCUGCAAGCUCAUACCUCUUGUGCCUCCCUCAGCCUUCCGGCUCCACCCCCUCUAGAGGACCAGACCCCUGCCCAAUCCUCUCUUUAUGAUCUACCCUCCCCAUACCCUCCAGGCUCAACCCCUCCACAAACCCAGACCCCUCCUACUUCUCCCACUCUUCAGGCUCCCCCCACUUCUUUCCCUCUGACCCCACCCCUGCUCCAGGACCAGACCUCUCCUGCUCCACCCCUUUUCCAGUCCCCAUCCUCCUUCUCCCCUACAGUCUCACCUGUCAAGGCUCCACCUUCUCAUCCUCCCUCUCCUCUGACCCUGCUCUCUCUGAAGACUCCAUCCCUUCCACCGACACUCACCAGCACAGUCUCCCACCCUGUUUCAGGCCCAGCCCAGGCCCCUCCUCUCAUCUCUCCCGCAAAUCUCCCUCCACUUCAGGACCCACCUCUACUCUCUCCACAGCCCCCAUCCCCAGAUUAUCCUGCGAUGCCAGCCCCUCUUCCUAACACCCCCCUGAAGUCUCAGGCCCUUCCCCUGCCACAUACUACCCCUGAAGCUUUCCCUUGGGUCUUGCACUCGCCACAGCCCCCAUCCUCUGCUCCGACUCCAUCUUCAGGCCUGCCCCUUCUGCAAGCCCCACCCUGUCCACUGGCACCACCCUCUCUUUCCGGGGCCCUAGCCUCUGCCCCUGCCUCACCCUCUCCGUCUGUCCUAGCUUCCUUCUCAGGUCCCGUGCUGCCCUCUCCACAAGGUCCCCCUUCUCUGCGAGCUCCGCCCUCUCCGCAGCCUCUGCCCUCCACCCCAGCCCCACCCUUGACACUGGCCUCUCCCUUUCUUCAGGUCCCACCCCCUCUUCAGGUAUCGGCCCCUCCACAGGCCUCGCCCUCCAUUCUGAGCCCAGCCCUUGCUGCCACCCCAUCUUCUGGGCAGACCCCACCCCCAGCUCUGGUCCUCUCCUCUCCACAGACCUUGCCCUCUGCUCUGCCCCCGGCCGGGCUGCAGCCCCCCCUGGCUCCCCAGGCCCCGCCUGGCCCCGCUCCCUCCGAGGCCCAGGCUCUCACACCCCUCCCCAAGACCCCGCAGUCCCUGGCCCUAGCCCCCUCUCCAGGGCCAGGCCCGUCCCGAAGCCCAUCCCGAAGCCUGUCCAGCACACUGAGCGGGCCCGAGUUGGCUGGCCAGAGCAGCAGUGCCACCAGCACCCCAGAGGAGCUCCGUGCCUACGACAGCGACUCGGAUCCCAGGGAUGGGGAGGCGAGGGAGGGAGGUUCUGGGGCCGACCCCAAGCUGCCCAGUCUCCCCUCCCCACUCCCUGACCCUGAACUUGCUGCCUGCCACCCGGCCGGCUGGAGCUGGCUGGGCAGCGCUGGCAGCGGGGCCUGCGCUCCGGGCAGUCUGGCUUCUUCCAGAGCUCAGCGUGGAAUCCCAGGGGAGCCACUAGGCCCAUCUCUGGCCUGGGCCCCUGGGCCCGGGCCCCCUGACGUCCUGUCGACCAUCUACGAGCCACCAACCGAGCCCUCUGGGGAGGAGGAAGAGGAGGAGGAGGAGAAGACGGAGGACCAAGAAGGGGAGCGGAAGUCACCCCCGGCUCCACAGCCCCCUAAGCCGACUCGGGCCGGGGAGCUGCAGCUGGGAGCCCUUCAGGCCAGCGUGGUCCAGCAGCUGCUGAGCCGGACGCUGCUGCUGGCGGCCGAGAGCCCGGGGGCCCGCCCCGCCCUCAGUGACGUGGACCUGGGCCGCUGGGCCGAGCUGCUCUCGCCCCUGGACGAGUCCCGCGCCAGCAUCACCUCCGUCACCAGCUUCUCCCCCGACGACGUCUCCUCCCCACAGGGUGACUGGACUGUGGUGGAGGUGGAGACAUUCCACUGAUCCCUCCCCCACCACAACCCCUGCCCCUCUUGGGGGACCCCUCCCACUCCCCCCCACCCCCACCAGGUGGUCCCUUACUUUGACCCUCUGAGUCCCCAGCCCCUAGCCCCUGACUCCUGUCUACCCUCUUUCCCUCCUGCUGCAUUGAGCCAGGGGGCUG